AGACGGAGAGAGCCUGUGGAGGGGAGGGUUGGGCAGUGGGUGUGCAGGGCUGUGGAGAGGAGAGAGGAGCCUUCACACUGACUCAGCCUGUGGCUUGGCCAUAGGGGCCUGGAGCUGGGACUUGGGGAGGGCUGUUCAGAGCCUGAGAAGCCUGUGGGGCUUCUCGGGCCUGUCUGGGGGGCAUGGAUGUCUGGGGCUGGAGAGAGAGGCCUGGGCUGCCUGCACAGGGAUGGGGGUCCUUGGAGCCUGAAGCCAAGUAGAGAGGGUGGUGUGGGUGCCUUGGGUGGAGGUCCCGGUGCGGGUGGGGUCGCUGGCUGGAGGUCAAGGCUGGAGGGGAGUGUGGCUGUGGUGGUCGUGAGUGGCCUUGGGGAGGGCUGGUGGCUGGGAGUGAAGAAGUGGAGGCCAAAGGUGUCCAGAGGGCAGUUCUGAGAUAGGGGGGCGAGGUGGGGGAGGUCCUGGGGGCUGUGGCAGCACAGGGUGGGGUCGCAGGUGUGAUUGGGCUCAUGGGCAGGCUGAGGGCAAGGUGGGGGCAGUAAAGCCAGGUCCUCAAAGGGUGGGGGUGCAGGGGACAUGCAUGGGGCUGGUUGCUGGGCCUGUAGAGGUGAAGAGCCUGGGACCGCCUCACUUUGACAACUGUAAAGGGCUGUGUUCAUGCGAGCGGCUCCUGUAGAUUCCUCCACCCCAGGCCUCUGUCCCUUAGAGGAUCCCCAUGCAAACCUCAUCCCAGACACACAUAGUUCCUGGCCAUCUCCCACCUCCUGGCAGCUUCCCUCUGGCCCUGGGGAGCGUUGUCAAGGUGUCUGGGCAGACGCUGGCCCUGCGCCCUGUUUUCUGGGAGUUUCGAGGGGAGCAGCUCUGCAGUUGUGUGGCCGCUGUUUAUGUCCCUUGGUGCCAUCCUCACCGUCCCAGCCCCUCCAGCGGGAAGCCAGGUGGAUGGGAGGGGGCUACUGCCCUUCUGUGACAGAACACUGACACGGCUCCCGGGACCUCGGCAGGAUGGAAGAGAAGCUGAAGAAAACCAAGAUCAUCUUUGUGGUGGGUGGGCCUGGCUCAGGGAAGGGCACCCAGUGUGAGAAGAUCGUGCAGAAGUAUGGCUACACCCACCUCUCCACCGGGGACCUCCUGCGGUCCGAGGUCAGCUCAGGCUCGGCCAGGGGCAAGAAGCUGUCGGAAAUCAUGGAGAAGGGGCAGCUGGUUCCACUGGAGACAGUGUUGGACAUGCUCCGGGAUGCCAUGGUGGCCAAAGUCAAUACUUCCAAAGGCUUCCUGAUUGAUGGCUACCCGCGGGAGGUGCAGCAAGGAGAAGAGUUUGAGCGACGGAUUGGACAGCCCACACUGCUGCUGUAUGUGGACGCAGGCCCUGAGACCAUGACCCAGCGGCUCUUGAAACGUGGAGAGACCAGUGGGCGUGUGGACGACAAUGAGGAGACCAUCAAAAAGCGGCUGGAGACCUAUUACAAGGCCACAGAACCCGUCAUCGCCUUCUAUGAGAAACGUGGAAUUGUGCGCAAGGUCAACGCCGAGGGCUCCGUGGACAGUGUCUUCUCCCAGGUCUGCACCCACCUGGACGCCCUAAAGUAGCAACGCUGGAGCCGCUUCCCCAGCUCAGAGCCCCGCCCCACCCCUGUCCUGAUUCGAGGUCCUCCUGGCCUGAGCGCAGCGCCUCCACCCUGCCCUGCUGAGCACAGACGGAGGAAGCCGCUUAUCCUGUUUUCAUGGACAGCUGAGCACUAAAGGAAUUUCUAAGGACA